AUGCCGAGCCCUGCGGCAUUGGGGGCCCAGAUGCCGCCCCAUUCUCGGGCCUUCCCACAUCUAAUGAAGCCGCCAUUCAGUCCGAGGCGAGCAAACAUUGCGUUGCAGCAGCAAACCCAGGCCUGCGGGCCUUUGGGUCGCUCGCACGACGUCGGGCUGGAUGAGUUGCGCAAUCUGCGGCCACAGCGCUGGGGAUGGUUCCAUCAGGCCAAUGAGGUGAGGACUUUUUUCUUUUUGUUUGUUUGCGCUGAUUAUUGACUUUUAUGGUGGUGGUUAGGGAUGAGAGGGGUUUAGGGGGUUACAAACUGUGAUAAAGUUACAAAUUUUGAUUUAACAACUGGCAAGAAUUAGAAGAGCGACUAAAGAGGUAACCUGUUGUUCUAUUUUUUCCUCCCUGAAGUCAAGGUGUUUCCUCCCUUUGUUGCGAUUUUAAUUCCCGGCUUUCCUCUCGAAUGGCCAUACCAUAAAAAGUAAUUUUGAAUUAAAAGGAUUAAAUUUUUAUAAAAAAUUUCCAAACAGCAUUUACCGUCGUUUCAUUCUAUUCUUUAGCCAAUCCACUUACGUUUUCUUAUUUUGUAUUUUCUUUACCGUACUAAAAUUGAAUUACGCAAUUAGGCGAGGGAUCGGCGAUUGACUUUGUAUCCGUCUCUUCCGCCGGAAAUUUUUAUUUAAAAUUUUCCGAAAUUUCGCGCAAAUCUUCAUUAAUCAAGACAAGAAAGUUGGGGCCGCACUUUCACUCUCUUUUUUAUGGCUCGAACCAUAUUACUGCCAACUGUCGUUGUAAAAAAAAGGCGAACGAACAUCUGCGCCGAUCCCAAGACUUUCGGGAUAAAAGUGUGGCAAAAAAAGGGUACCAGGACGUAUCGCGUUACCUGACUCAACGCCCUUUCAAUGACCGCUAGAAUGACCGUUUAAGGCAGCCGGGACGGAGGAGGGUGGGUGCGGGAUGAUAAGGCAAAAAAGAUCGCUCGGGAAUACGCAUUAAAGGCUGGGAAAGCGGGAAUAAUAUAUAUUUGUAGGUCACUGGGACGUAUAUAAUACAGUAAAGUAGUUCAGUUAUAUUUCUAAUUUUCGAAAAAAGAUUGUAUAAUAAAUACCCUUUAUACCAAGUAAUACUUGUUUCUUUUAGCGUCUCUCGAGUUUCGAAGCCCAUUUCACCGAAGAUUCAGUCCAAUUCCACCCUGAUUACGCCUAUGGAACGGCUGCCGCCCUUGGAAAUCAUAUCCUAAAUGAAUCUAGCAUCAGUUAUUGGGAACUGAAGGUCCCUUACAUCUACGGGACCUCGGUUAUGUUCGGCAUAGGCACUCUGCAAACCCCGGUCAAACUUGGCAACCGAUUUGACAAUCUUCUUGGGCUGGAGGACACAAGUUAUGGUCUUUCACACAAGGGAGUACUGUAUCAUAACGGAAAAGAAAGGAGUAAUUACUGUGAGGAAUUCGAGGAGAACAAGAUGGCUGUUGUCGGGAUGUACUUCAAUGGUCCAGAGAGACGAUUGUCCUACUUUUUGAACGGAAAAUAUCUUGGAGUUGCCUUUGAGAACAUCAAUUUGGAUAAACCAAUGUAUCCAAUGGUUUCGAGGUAGGGGGAUUACUGUAGUCUAGACUUAAUUGAGGCUAGCCUACAAAAUUUAUGUUUUAUGUUUAGUACGGCAAGGAAGUGCACGUUCAUCCUACAAAAUCAAUAUUCCAACACUGAUCUCUCCCUUCGAGGCAUCUGCAAAAGAUAUGUCAUACACAAGCUCGAAUGCCAUCCACAUUCCCUCAAUGAUCUCGGUCUUCCGUCCGCAUUGGUCGAUGAAUUGAAAAAAGAUAUAGAUCACAAAACUCUCCAUAGUUCUCUUCCCCGUUCCACAUCAACAUCACCUUCAAGACAACGGAAACGGCCGUUUAAUGACAUCUCCGACCUUACAGAUGAGGCCAGUGCCGCGAUGUUGAUGAGUUUCCUCUCAAGUUUCCAGUAUGAUCAGUUGGUUCAGGUGGCAUGGGCCGCCGGUAUGGAAGAGCGCUGUGAUCGGUAG